CAGCCGAGCGCUGUUGCAAUUUGCCGCCGCCGCGCGACAAAACGAGCGCACCCCUGCCCCCGGUGAACGCACGGUGGCGGUCUCCAUCCUGCGGGGAAGCCCGAGUGAGUGACAUUAGCUUGACUGCGAGGAGUUAGCUUUGCAUCCAGUCCAUGUGCCCUGUUAUCUUGAGCGAAUAACGCUGUCGAUCAUGGCCGCGAGCGCGGGUGAGUGGUGUCUCAUGGAGAGCGACCCCGGGGUAUUCACGGAGCUGAUCAAGGGUUUCGGCUGCAAAGGGGCACAGGUUGAAGAGAUCUGGAGUAUGGAUCCAGAGAACUUUGACAACUUGAAGCCCGUCCAUGGAUUGAUCUUCCUGUUUAAGUGGCAAGCGGGUGAAGAGCCAGCGGGAUCCAUCGUACAGGAUUCAAGACUCGACCACAUCUUCUUUGCCAAACAGGUCAUCAACAACGCUUGUGCCACACAGGCCAUCGUCAGUGUCCUGCUCAACUGCGCCCACCCCGACAUGCUGCUUGGAGAGACGCUCACCGAGUUCCGAGAGUUUUCGCAGAGUUUUGAUGCUGCGAUGAAAGGUUUGGCUCUGAGCAACUCUGAAGUUAUCAGACAAGUUCACAACGGCUUUGCCAGGCAGCAAAUGUUUGAGUUUGACGCCAAAUCAUCCGCCAAGGACGAGGACGCCUUUCACUUUGUGAGUUAUGUUCCUGUCAACGGUCGACUUUAUGAGUUGGAUGGACUUCGAGAAGGACCCAUUGACCUCGGUGCCUGCAACCAGGAUGACUGGAUCAGCGCCGUCCGUCCGGUCAUCGAAAAAAGGAUACAAAAGUACAGUGAAGGCGAAAUUCGUUUCAAUCUGAUGGCCAUCGUGUCCGACCGGAAGAUGAUAUAUGAGAGGAAGAUUGCCGAGCUUCAGACUCAGCUUACUGAGGAUGAGCCGAUGGACACGGACCAGAGCAGCACGUUUCUCAGCUCCAUUCAGUCCGAGAUUGCAAAGUACCACCUCCUUAUCGAGGAAGAAAAUCAGAAACUGAAAAGAUACAAGGUUGAAAACAUUCGACGGAAGCACAACUAUCUUCCAUUCAUUAUGGAGUUAUUGAAGACAUUGGCCGAGCACCAGCAGUUAAUACCUUUGGUGGAGAAGGCAAAGGAGAAACAGAGUGCUAAAAAAGCCCAGGAGGCCAAGUAAUCGUAAUCGUCGCUAUCGCCGCACUGGAGAAGCCGCACACGCAUGCAGGCCUCCCUCCAGUCAUGACUUUUUUUUUUUUUUUUUGCCUGUGAGCCACCGACAAAUUCUCCGCAAACGCCACAUUCACGUCCAUGGCCACGGGUGUCCUGUAGCAUGUUCUUCCUGGUAUUUGUCUGCAUCCAGACUUCAGAAAUGCGGUGCAGGAGAAGAGACUCUCCAUGUGUUCAUCAGAUGAUGUGCAUGAUCGAAGGAAACGUGCGCAAAUUGUCUUAUUUUCAUAAUAAAAAUGUCAAGAAGUUUGUAAACAGG